AUGGCGGUGGCCCUGGAUGCAAUCCUCGCUCGGAUCAAAGAUGUUUGUAAAAGGAAUGGGCUGCUCAUCCUCUCCGUGUUGUCCGUCACCAUCGGCUGCCUCCUGGGAUUCUUCCUGAGGACGAGGCGACUCUCCCAGCAGGAAAUUAGUUACUUCCAGUUUCCUGGUGAGUUACUGAUGAGGAUGCUGAAAAUGCUCAUUCUCCCUCUGGUUGUCUCAAGCUUGAUGUCUGGGCUCGCAGCCCUGGAUGCCAAGACUUCCAGUCGCUUGGGAAUCAUAACUGUCACUUACUACCUGUGGACAACCUUUGUGGCUGUGGUUGUGGGAAUAAUUAUGGUGUCCAUUAUCCACCCUGGUGGAGCAGCACAGAAGGAGAGCACUGAGGAGGGUGGAAAGCCCAUCAUGAGCUCUGCAGACGCACUGCUGGACUUAAUCCGGAACAUGUUUCCAGCCAAUCUUGUUGAGGCCACAUUCAAGCAGUAUCGCACCAGGAGUAUUCCUAUCAUUAAAUCGAACAAAGCGGCAUCCGAGAGCACCACUCGUCGCAUCAUCAUCUACGGAGUCCAGGACGAGAACGGCUCCAAUGUCCAGAACUUUGCCUUGGAUAUCACCCCCCCUCCUGAAGUGAUUUACAAAUCAGAGCCAGGCGCCAGUGAUGGCAUGAAUGUACUUGGGAUUGUGAUAUUCUCUGCCACGAUGGGUAUAAUGUUGGGAAGAAUGGGGAACAGCGGCGUCCCUUUGGUCAGCUUUUGCCAGUGUUUGAACGAAUCUGUCAUGAAGAUAGUGGCAGUUGCUGUUUGGUAUUUUCCCUUUGGAAUCGUGUUCCUAAUAGCUGGCAAAAUCUUAGAAAUGGAUGACCCCUCAGCCAUUGGCAAGAAGCUGGGUUUCUAUGCCAUUACGGUGGUGUGCGGCCUGGUGGUGCACGGGCUCUUCAUCCUGCCAAUGAUGUACUUCUUCAUCACCAAGAAGAAUCCCAUUGUCUUCAUCAGAGGGAUCCUUCAAGCCUUGCUCAUUGCUCUGGCCACAUCCUCCAGCUCAGCCACUCUGCCUAUCACUUUCAAGUGCUUGCUGGAGAACAACCACGUGGACAGGAGGAUCGCGCGCUUCGUGCUGCCCGUGGGAGCCACCAUCAACAUGGACGGGACGGCGCUGUACGAGGCCGUGGCCGCCAUCUUCAUCGCCCAAGUCAACAACUACGAGCUGGACUUUGGGCAGAUCAUUACCAUAAGUAUCACAGCAACAGCUGCCAGCAUAGGUGCUGCAGGCAUCCCACAAGCUGGCCUGGUGACAAUGGUCAUUGUUCUCACCUCGGUGGGGCUCCCAACAGACGACAUCACAUUGAUUAUUGCCGUCGACUGGGCACUAGACAGGUUUAGAACAAUGAUCAAUGUCCUGGGGGACGCGCUGGCUGCUGGGAUCAUGGCCCACAUCUGCCGGAAGGAGUUUAUCAAGGAUGGUGACGAGGUGCCAUUGAUCUGUGAAACUAAGCCUAUUAACAUCCAUCAGAUUGUGGCUUACCAGAGGAAUGGCUGUGUGAAGACCAUGAAUGAAUCUCGUGGACCAGAAACAGAGAAAGGGUUGCAGCACCAUAUACCCAUACAAGUGGAGCAAGAAGAAACUCCAGUGGAGAAUCACACAAAAAAAUCCAACAGUAAAGACCACUGCACUAUUGAAAUAAAUGAACUAGAAACAAAUGUGUGA